UUCCCCGCCCCACCCGUAAGAACUGGGAUUUGACUAAAAGCAAAAGAGGAUCUUGCCCGGGUUCCCCUUGUCCACGGCUCCUCCUCCUGUUGCUGCGGGCGUGAUUCCUGGGACUCAGAUGGACCACACAUCCCCGACCUACAUGCUUGCUAACUUAACCCACUUACAUUCUGAACAACUUCUACAGGGCUUGAAUCUUCUUCGUCAACAUCACGAACUCUGUGACAUCAUUCUUCGAGUAGGUGAUGUUAAAAUCCAUGCUCACAAAGUGGUACUUGCCAGCAUCAGCCCAUAUUUCAAAGCUAUGUUUACUGGAAACCUUUCUGAAAAAGAGAACAGUGAGGUUGAGUUUCAGUGCAUUGAUGAAACUGCUCUACAGGCCAUUGUGGAAUAUGCCUAUACAGGGACUGUUUUUAUUUCACAGGACACAGUUGAAUCUCUCCUUCCAGCAGCAAACCUACUCCAGAUAAAACUUGUCCUGAAAGAAUGUUGUGCAUUUCUUGAAAGCCAACUUGAUCCUGGUAAUUGUAUUGGAAUUUCUCGCUUUGCAGAGACAUAUGGUUGUCAUGACCUUUAUUUGGCAGCCACUAAAUACAUAUGCCAGAAUUUUGAAGCAGUUUGCCAGACUGAAGAGUUUUUUGAGCUUACGCAUGCUGAUUUGGAUGAAAUUGUUUCCAAUGACUGUUUGAAUGUAGCUACUGAAGAGACUGUUUUUUAUGCACUUGAGUCUUGGAUCAAGUAUGACGUUCAAGAACGCCAGAAAUACUUAGCACAGCUACUUAACAGUGUACGAUUACCAUUGCUGAGUGUUAAGUUUCUCACUAGAUUAUAUGAAGCAAAUCAUCUUAUUCGUGAUGAUCGCACUUGUAAACAUCUUUUGAAUGAAGCUCUAAAGUACCACUUUAUGCCUGAAAACAGACUCUCUCAUCAGACAGUUUUGAUGACACGACCUCGCUGUGCUCCCAAAGUACUUUGUGCAGUAGGAGGAAAAUCUGGACUGUUUGCCUGUUUGGAUAGUGUGGAGAUGUACUUUCCUCAGAAUGACUCUUGGAUUGGUUUGGCACCCCUAAACAUUCCUCGCUAUGAAUUUGGAAUAUGCGUUUUAGACCAAAAAGUGUAUGUUAUAGGUGGUAUUGAAACUAACGUGCGUCCUGGCAUCACUAUCAGAAAACAUGAAAAUUCAGUCGAAUGCUGGAAUCCUGAUACAAAUACCUGGACUUCUCUUGAGAGAAUGAAUGAGAGCCGAAGUACCCUUGGAGUAGUGGUACUUGCAGGAGAACUUUAUGCUUUAGGUGGUUAUGAUGGACAAUCUUAUUUACAAUCUGUAGAGAAGUACAUUCCCAAAGUAAGAAAGUGGCAACCUGUGGCACCAAUGACUACAACAAGAAGUUGUUUUGCCGCAGCUGUGUUGGAUGGAAUGAUAUAUGCCAUUGGUGGGUAUGGUCCUGCCCACAUGAACAGUGUGGAGCGUUACGAUCCAAGUAAGGACUCCUGGGAGAUGGUUGCAUCUAUGGCAGAUAAAAGGAUUCACUUUGGUGUGGGUGUCAUGCUAGGCUUUAUUUUUGUGGUGGGUGGACAUAAUGGUGUUUCACAUUUGUCAAGCAUUGAAAGAUAUGACCCUCAUCAAAAUCAGUGGACUGUGUGUAGACCAAUGAAAGAACCCAGAACAGGAGUUGGUGCUGCAGUAAUUGAUAACUACCUUUAUGUAGUGGGUGGUCACUCAGGGUCUUCCUAUCUGAAUACCGUGCAGAAAUAUGACCCCAUCUCAGAUACAUGGCUGGAUUCAGCUGGCAUGAUAUACUGUCGCUGCAAUUUUGGAUUAACUGCACUUUGACAAGUGUGGACUUGUGGAAAUAGCGUAGUGAUGAACCUUGUGCUGCAUGAAAGGAUGCCCAGUUUUCUGAAGCCCAAAAGCUACAUUGCUUUCUUUUUAACUUGAAAUGGCAUGAAGACUCAAAGUUUUGUUGGGUACUUUGAACUGACAAGUAGCUUUGGUUGCUCUUGAUUAUACAGUGAAUCGAUAAUCCAAGAAAAAAAAAAAGGAAAGAUCUUGCCAAUUGAAUUGUGCACUUUUUUUUCCUAAUACUGGGAUAGAAUAGUUUUAUGUUCAUAAGUGUACAUGUGGAGAAAACCUUGCUGCUUUUUUUUAAAAAAAAUUAGCUUUCUUCCCUCUCCUUGUUCUGCACCGUUUUUUACCAGGAUGAGAGAUACUUAGAUGCUGGAGUAUACUGAGUGACUAGACAGAGUGCUGAUACUAUCUGUUGGAUAUAAAUUCAUAUGCUUCACAUCUUAAACAAACAAAGGGCUGCUUUUUUUUUCUGGUACUUUUAAGGGUUGUAAAUUACAUGCCAUACUGAGUCACCUGGAUAUUCUUACUGCUAAAUGGCUUUAGGGCUGGGGAUGUAAUAAGUUUGCAAGAUAAAUGCAUUUACUGUCAUGAUUUUGGGUCCUAUUUUAAGCAAUCAGAUACUUACUGUGUAUGCCUUUUUUAUAUGGGCAGGUUAAUGCUGGAUGAAUUUAGUUACCCAUCUAUGGUAUGCUAAGCAUGGAUAGAAAGAGUUAAGCAUAUCAGUUUCAAUUUUUUUUUAGUAGUCCAGCAGGCUUCCCAGUGUUGAUGUAAAUAUUUGACAAAUGUUUAGUACCACCCUUAGUGCACAUUGAGUUUUUCAUAUAUGCUUACAAUAAUUUUAGUUUUUUUAAGACUUUUGUUUGCUUUUUCAAAGUAUUCAGAUAUAAAAAUGGUGCUAACUGUAGGAUCUGUAACAAGGCUAUACCAAUGUUCUUUUGGAUGUUAAAUAUGAGAUAUGCAUGACAUGUUUUGAUAGUAUUUUUCAUUUUUACUGGUUUGGCUCAUUUGUGCUUAUUAAAAAUGUUAGUGUUUAUACUAAUAUUUACAUCCAAAAAACAUUCAAAUGGCCUGUUAUGCUUUUCAUGGUUCCUGAAUAGUGAUUUAAAGAAAGAUACAUUUUAUCUUCUUUCUUCUUGUGCUAGAUGUUAUAUGCUCUUCUUAAAAACAGAAAUAUAUGCAUUAAAUAUAAAGCACUAGGCAGUUAAGCAUUAUUUUGUACAUUUCUUAGGUAACUGAAUAUUUUAAAGUUAUUGAGGAAAACUGGAACUUGAUGUUUACUUGAGUAAUGGUUCUAAAUUCAGUUCCACUUUGAAUAAAGAAACGAUCUUUUAAAGCAGAAUUGUUUGCUUUACCCAAGUGACAGCUUAUUUAAAAGAACUGGUUAAUUCAUUUUGUUUUGCAUGUUUUAGUAAAUGUCUCUUAAUCUUGAAUACAUUACUUUGCAUUUUAUUAGGAUGUUGGUACUUGUAUUUUUGGUACUGUAGUCAUUUUGUUUUCCUUCCCUUGAUUUUUUCUUUCUCUUUUCUUUUUUUUUAACUUCCCACUAUCUCUUUAUAGUCUCUACAAAACUAUAUUUGUUUCCUAAGAAAAAGUUCUUAUUGCAUUCUUAAGUGCCAUAAUGUUCAGAACUAUUGUUAAGAAGCCAUUUGUAAUUAUAAAACAUAGGUUCAUUUCUUAGCAUAUAUGUUAUUUCUUGAAAACUAUUUAUAGCCAGGCAAUUUUCAGUUUUCCUUGUUCUUCCAUAAACUACCAGUUGUAGACUUAAAUAUAUACUGCAAAACUGUGUGAACUCAUCUUUAAUCAUAUAAGUAGUUUCAUGCUUUAUGAAUAUUUGCACAGAUUAUAAAACCUUGCAAGUGAUUUUUAGUCUCUUUCUAAUUAAGAACUCAACAGGAGCUACUAAUAAAAUUGACAGGCUGAAUAUUUUCUAUGUUGCUUGUUUGAGUAACUUAAUGAUAUAUAGCAAUAACUUUAUAAUUGAUUUGAAUAAAUCUGUUGAAUAGAAACAAGGUGCACUAUUGUGAUUGGCCUAGACUUUAUUUAAAGAAAGCAAUUUAGGGCUUCCCUGGUGGCGCAGUGGUUGAGAGUCCACCUGCCGAUGCAGGGGACACGGGUUCGUGCCCUGGUCUGGGAAGAUCCCACAUGCCACGGAGCGGCUAGGCCCGUGAGCCAUGGCCGCUGAGCCUGCGCGUACGGAGCCUGUGCUCCACAAUGGGAGAGGCCACAACAGUGAGAGGCCCGCAUACCACAAAAAAAAAAAAAAAAAAAAAAAGAAAGCAAUUUAAAAUAGAUUCCAUCACAUACUUAAUUUUAAAUCCCCAUCUCAAUUUUCUUUCUGUUUAUAUCAAUUAGAAAGAAUUGUUAUUCUUGAUAACAUUAACAAUGUUAAUCAAUUAUUAAAUACACCCUAUUACACUAUUUUAAGCCCCUCUCCCCAGAAGAUAAGGGAAUUUGAAAGACUAUAGAAAUUUAUUUUAAUUGUAAACAGAUCUAUACUAUACAUUUCAUUUUCACAAUGUUUUCCUCACAUAUCAUCCCCACUAUAAAAUUAGUAUGAAAUAUAUAAUCGUUUGGUAAAUUAGACCAAAGAUAUAAGUUGAUCAUUGUUUUGGAAGAAUCUAAAUUUCAUCUCAGUGAAGACUAAAUGUGAAACAUUUUGGGCAGUAGUAAGAGCAAUAUACUAGAGAACAAAUUAUGAAACCCUGUGAAAGGAAGAGAAAAAAAACCCCAAAAUUUAGAAAUAUUUAUUUUAGGUUUGCUAAACCUACUUAAUUGUGCAUAAGAACCAGAGGUAUUAUGACCUGACAGCUGAUAACUUUACAACAGAGCCUUCUCGUUCAGCUUGUGAGAAGUUUCAUCAUGAAUACUUUGCUGACAAAUUGUGAAUUUAAAGCCACAUUUCUAGUGUUAAAAAGGUUCGAAAUGUUUGAUUAUAAAUUCCCAGGGUUAAAGAUUUUAGAAAUAAUUUUAUAUACUCAGGCAAGGAGGAGAAAGCUAUUUAAGAUUGCCCAGAACUAUUUUGGAAAAAAGUAAUAGUGGGAAAUAGAAAUUAAUUUAAUCAUUUAGAAGAUAAUUGCCUUCUAUAAUUAUGUUAUGAAGACUUAAUCUGUUAGAAAUGUUUGGCUAUUUAAUAUUUGUUAAAUAUAGUAAUAGAACUCAAGUGAUUUUUAAUGUAACCCAAAGGAUAGUUAUAUAAGUUCCAUAUAUUAUUGCUAAUACUGUUUUAAACAUGAAUGAAUAUUACAUUUAGGACGUAAAAGUAAUAGGAGAAUGGCCUUAGGUUUUGAAAAAUUAUUUUGAUAACUUGACAAAUAUGGAGGGUCUACUAUAUGAGAUACUGUGCUAGAUGCUAUGGGGGCUAGAAAUAUAAAUAAGAUAUAGUCUUUUCACCCAAAGAGUAAAAUAUAGUAAGGGAGACCUCUACCCAAAUAACUAUUACGGUAAAGUGUGAAUCUAAUUCCUUAUUUCCGACAUCAUGAAAAGUGAUUGGAGAUCCAAUUUAUGUAUAAACAUUUGUGUCCUCUAGUGUCCAAUUAGGUUUUAUUGACAUGAAAGAGAAUUAUUUAAAAGCUAAUAUUUAUAGAACUCCAACUUUCCUAAAAUUGGAUAAUAUAUUUUCUAGUAGAAAAACAGAAUUAUAGAAACUUAAAAAAAAUAUUAUGUUAUCAAGGCUCUGGCUAACAUUGAAGGAAAUAUAUGUAAAUAUAAUGCUGUUUGUUUUCAGUUUUGGUGUUUGAUUUCUGGUAUUGUCACCGAAGUGCUCAUUUUCAGGAAAAUCAGAUUCUACAAUAAAUACACUGCUUAAAGUUCAAUAAACUUGUGAUAACCUCUAUAACCUCUGAAGUUUGAAAGUUAAUAACUUAUAAAGAUGUCACACGUCAAGUUAACAUCCAGUUCUACUUCUUAACCUCUUUUUUUUUCCUUUGUAAGACAGCACUUUAGUUAGACAUGAUUUAAUUAGAUACAGUUAUUCUGUGGCUGGAUGUUUAUUAGAUUUUCACUUACAGUAUAUUGAUUCAGUAUUGAUUCACAUUUGAAGAAUGAGGAAUACAAUAAGUUUUAAAUAUUACAGGUUUACAGGUUUUCUUACUGGUGUGAAUAUGGAGUCAAAAAUCCAGUUUACAUCUCUGCAGAGAGAAAAAUUGUUAUCCAUAUCUUUUCAUUUUAUACAUAUUUAACUAGAGAUAACAUUGUUAAUUUUGUCAGGUUAUCAUGUGUUAAGUCCCAUUUAAUUUAAAAUCCUAAGCAAAAAGUUCCAAGUUUGCCUUAAAAACAAGUGAUAUUAAAGAACUGGAUGAUAAUGCCUAUAUUUUUGCCUUAUGAAUUGUGCUGUAUCAUAAACCAGAGAUGGUUUUGAUUUUAACAGGAUUUUGAAAUUUUGUAGAUGUAGAGUACUAAUAUCUGUACUCUCUUGCAAAGAAUGUGAUCUAGUUGUGGAUUAUGGUUAAUGUUAAGUGUUUUUGUAUAUGUAUUUUACCUCUGAAUAUGUAUCUUUUUAGCAUCAGGGUUUUAUUUUUGUUUACAUAGUAAAGUGGCAUUUAACUUGUUGAAGGUUGUAUUCUUUUGUCUUUUAUUUUUAA